UACCAUUCAUUUAUAAAAAUAACCUUUCUUAAUAUUUCUAUUUCAAAUUUGGCAAUGUGUUAAAAAUCCAGUGUAAAUAAACAAACCAGGGACUAAUACAAACCAGGGACACACGAGUUUCACUGACGAAAACUACCUUUGAAUAAGUUUUUUUCAGAGAAUAAACCUGUUUUGUUGCUGAAAUGGGUGGCAAAAGUCAAAAAAGAAAAGCUGAGACACAAUUGAAAAAUAAAAAGAAGAGGAACCAAAAUACAUUUGAAAGUGUGAGAAAACUGCAACUAUUAGAAGCUAAUCAAGAAGAAGAUGUAACUAUAAAGAGAUUAGGAAAACUGUUAAAAUUAAAUAAGAAAAAGACAGUUGUGUUACAAGAUGAUGGCUUGGACUAUAUUCUUGGUGCUAUUGAUAGAAAAGACAAAGGAACAGUUUUGUCAGAUGAUUCAGAUUGUUUAGAAGAAGAUUUAGCUGCUGUUAAAGGUUCUUCGGUGCUUCAGAAAAAGCCAACCGAGAAUACUUCUAAGCGACCUGAACGUAAAAACAGAACACUGACGGAGCUCAUGAAAGAGAAGGGAAUAAAAACAAAGGAUGAUAGUGCUUCUGAAUCUCAAACUGACUCUGAAGAAGAUGACCAGGAGUUUGAAUCAGAUGCUAUGGAUUCUGAAAAUGAUGCUAAUGAAGAUGAGGAAAGUGAAAUGGAUUUCAAAAAAGUAGACUCGAAAAACAAAAAUAUCCAAAAGCCAAAGGUCUGGGAAGAUAUAUAUGGACGUCUAAGAGAUUCAUCUGGCAAUGUUAUUCAAAAGACAAGUGAUAGUUCUCAGUCAUAUGUUCCACCAAGUAGAAGAAAAGAUGCCGCAAGUGAAAAAAAACAGGAAGACUGUCUUAGAAUUAAAAAACAACUAAAAGGCCUUUUAAAUAGAUUAAGUGAAAGCAAUUUACAGAAUAUAUGCCACCAAAUUGAAGAAUUGUAUAUGAAAUACAGCCGAAAUGAUAUGAAUGAAGCUAUUUUCAGCUUGAUAUCGGAAAUGCUCUUUGCACCUGUACAGACCCCAGCUCGUAUCAUCCUGGACCAGGCAAUGCUAAUUGCAUUGUUGCAUGCAAAUGUGGGCUCAGAAAUUGGUGCCUUCUUUUUACAGAAGAUUGUAGAGAGAUUAGAUGUUUUACUUAAAUCUUCUGAGAAUUAUGGCGAAGGCAAAGAAUGCAACAACCUCAUAGUUUUUCUUUCCCAUCUCUAUAACUUCAAGGUUACUCAUUCAACUUUAAUUUUUGACAUAUUUGAGCUCUUUAUUAAGUCAUUUCAAAGUAAAGAUAUUGAACUGAUACAGCUCUUUUUAAAAAGCAUAGGAUUUGUUUUGCGAAAAGAUGAUCCAUUGAAAUUAAAAGAAUUGAUUUUAUCAAUCCAAGCCAAAGCAGCAACAUUUAUUGUUAAGGAAACUGAUUCUAGAGUUCAAUUUAUGUUGGAUACUCUAACUGCCAUAAAGAAUAAUAACAUUUACAAAAUUCCUGACUAUGAUCCAUCUAUAAUUGAGCAUAGUAAAAAACUUCUGAAGGGAUAUGUUCGUAAAGGUAGUUCUAUCCAGGAGCUAGUAAUAUCCUAUGAAGAUUUGCUAAAAGCUGAUGAAAGAGGACGUUGGUGGAUUGUUGGAUCUGCUUGGGUAGAUGGAAAUAAUAAAGAAUCUAAAGGUGAGAAAAGUGAGCAGCAAAGCUUCAACUUACCAAAAGCAGCAAUUAGUGAAAAGAUACUAGAACUAGCACGAAAACAACAUAUGAAUACUGAAAUUAGAAAAUCAGUAUUUUGUAUUAUAAUGACAGCAGAGGACUAUAUGGAUGCAUUUGAAAAAUUAUUGAAACUUAAUCUAAGAAAUCAACAAAAACGAGAAAUUAUUCAUGUCACUCUUCACUGUGUUUUAAAAGAAAAGAAGUUUAAUCCAUACUAUGCAUAUCUAGCUGGGAAGUUUUGUAAAUUUGCCAGAGACUAUCGAAUGUGUCUUCAGUUCUCACUAUGGGAUAAAUUCAAAGAUUUAUCCUCAAUGAAAUCUUAUCAGGUUAGCAACUUGGCUCAUUUUCUAAGCCAUAUGUUUAUUUCUGGAGAUUUGCCGAUAUCAGUUUUAAAAACUAUCCAAUUUUCUGAAAUGAAUAAAACUCUGAUUCGUUUCUUUCGUCAAAUACUAUUGGCAAUAUUAUUACACGAAUCAGAAGAAAUCUGCCUCCAAGCAUUUCAAAGAAUAUCGCUAUCGCAAAACUUGAAGAUGUUGAGAGAAAGUUUAAGACUUUUUAUGCACCAUUUUUUGCUCAGGAACCAAACAAAAUUUACAGAAGAUGUUGCAACCAAAUUAGAAGAAAGAGUGAAAUUAGUAGAAACUGUUCUAAAAUCAAAAAAUACUUUUAAAUUAUAGCAGAUUGUAGGUAAAUAAAUUUUGUACAUUUUUUUUAA